UCAAAUAAAUGAAUUGCCUAUAACGAAUACCACAUUUCUUAACGUCUGUGUCUAUCAUAGCACCUAUCAGAAACAAUUUGGUAAUUGCUUAUGAGGAUAUUCAUAACAUGAGGAUUGAUAAGAAAGUGUCUGUUUGGCAGUUUAUGUUCGUUGGUGCAUGUUUAAUGGCUUACUAUUGUUUUAUCUACUCAACUAAAGAUUGUUUGCGUCCAAGUGAUGGUGGUUCUCAUGUGCAGACGGCUGGAACUUUAUCAGUAAACAGAAUUGUAUCACAAAAUUCAACAGGCAAAGGUACGGACAUAAUGUUGGUGGCAUACAUGCGGACGGGUUCUACAUUCAUCGGCGACGUUCUUGGAAGGAGAGAGGACGUAUUUUACUGGUUUGAACCAUUACACAAGCAACGAAUGCUACAAUAUCUUCGGGGGAGACACUUCCUGUGCAAUUAUUUCAGACCGAUAUGUCAAUUAAUUUCGAUUCACGAUAGCCGCUCUGGCGUUUAUGCAUUGGAUCUUCUUACCAAUAUUUUCAACUGUAACAUUACUGGAACUAUCGAAGAAAUUUCCGGAUUGAAAUACAUAUGGCACACCCCACCUCCCAGUUGGAUGGAAUUUGUCACAUGUACGCACAGAUACACGAGUAAGCACCCUAUAUGCGCAGGAAUGUUAGAGAAAAGCUGCACCAAUGCCAAGCACCGUAUGGUUAAAGUACUCCGAAUGGAUUUAGAAACAUUGGCCGGUUUACUUCAUACAAAUCCGCGACUGAAAAUAGUUCUGCUGCUUAGAGACCCACGUGGUUCUAUGAACAGCCAUUUAACAACAACAUGGUAUAAGGGCUUUCUUGAUACAGAUGAGCACGUGAAUGACGAUGCGUUGGUGCUCUGUUCGAGAUUAUUAAAUGACAUUAAGACAGGAAAACGAUUACAAUUGUUGCACCCAGAUCGCAUGAUCAUUAUUCAGUAUGAAGACAUCGACACUGAAAAUAAAAUGGAAGCAUUAAGCAAGCUUGUUGAUCUAGACAAGCUAGGGGAAAAUACAUUUAAACUCGUGACUAGAGAAGAUCACGUAGGGACAGCCAAUUCAGGAUUUCAUCCCUUUAAUUUUAGACAACAGUUGAAUUGGACUGUAAAUGUAAUGAUGAAUCGUCAUUGUGCAGAUGUAUAUAAAGAGCUUGGAUUGAGACAGUUUGAUAGAGAAGAGGAUCUGAGAGAUGAAACCAUCCCUGUAGUAAUUAACAAGUUGCCAUUCUCAGUGCAUAUGCAACCAUAAUAUUUGUUCGCGCUAUUUUUGUACACACUUUUGUAUCAAAUAGAAUCACACAUUGCUGCGUUUGUUACAAGUUAUAUUGAUACGUAAAAUGGGUCAUAAAGGGUUAUUACAUACCCCAUUGCAACCCCAUUGUAGGAUACCACCGACUCAGAUGGCAAAUAUCAAAGGGGUUCCGAUACAUUGUCUCACUAGCAUAUUGUUGCAGGGAAAGUCGAUGUUAACAUGUACACUAGGAGGCCAUUUUUUCUGGCUGAAUGUGUCGCCAUGCCGUAACAUUUGUUUUUUUUAUAAUUUUGUCAAAGACAUAUUGGCUCUUUGCAGAAUCAUUUGAUACGGAAUUUCAUACCUUAUGGUCUUCAUUAUCUAGAAAUGGUCGAUAAACCGAACUUCAAUAUAAGGGUGCAAAUUCUUUGUCAUUCUUCCCGGAUUCAUUCCUCCCAUCACUGUGUAUAACAGCACUUCCUGGAUCUGACGGAAUAACUGGUUAUGAGCAUGUGAGAACUAUCAAUCACAGAACCACUCUAUUUAGACGAACAAACAACAAAGUCGCCAGAACCCAGCCUAUCAAGACUGCGAAUAUAUUUUAUUCAAAAUUUAGACGAGCAUAUAUAAAAAAAUAAACAAAAACUGUUGACCCAAAAUUGAGCAUUUCUAUUUCCAUAAAUGUCCAAUUUCAAUCCGAAUAUUUCUGUAAAUCAAUCGAAAUUGCAAAAUAAACAA